GGGUAUUAUUAAACCGAGGAUAAAAGGUACGGCUGUUCAUAAGAGGUGUGAUUUCUCCCCCUCCUUGUCUGGGCAUAUUACGGCCUACAUAUAUAUAUACGUAGUACCAUCUGUAAACCCAUCACUGUUCAUAAAUUUCGAGCCUCUUAACUAACAAGAUGCCUCCUAAAUACGCCAAUCCUCUAUACCAGGCAGCUCACGAUGAAGCGUUUUCGAACCCGAUUCUCGGCAAGAUCGAGCAAGUUCUGCCGCCAGAUGUGAGCCAAGAUGAUUUCGAUACGGCACUCAGCCAGAUUGUAAAGGCUCUAGGAGAAGACGCCGUCUUCACUGGCGAUAACCUGAAAGAAUACGUUGACCCUUAUGAAAUCCCCGAGUCUGGCCACGAAAGGAACGUUCCAAGCGCCGCAGCUUGCCCGUCCUCGGUCCCAGAGCUCCAAGCUCUGCUCAGGGUCGUAAACGAGCAUAAGAUCCCGGUGUGGACCUUCUCACGAGGAAAGAACUUUGGAUAUGGAGGACCUGCUCCCCGGUACCCCGGGUUCUUCGCCCUAGAUUUACACCGGAUGAAUAAGAUUCUCGAAGUGAACGAGAAGUUCGGUUAUGCUGUAGUAGAGCCAGGGGUCACGUUCGGGGACCUGUACGAAUACUGCGCGAGGGAAAAACUCAAGCUCUGGCCGAGUGUCGCAUCGCUAGGAUGGGGCAGUGUCAUUGGCAAUACUCUCGACCGCGGCCUCGGCUUUAUUCCAACCGGGGUUCAUCACGAGAAUGUGACGGACAUGGAAGUAAUUCUUGCAAACGGCGAUGUUGUACGCACAGGCCAGUAUUCUAUGUCGACUUCGCCGUCAGCACACAAAACCAAGCUAUCCUUCGGCCCUUCGGUCGACGGACUCUUCAUGCAGAGCAACUUGGGAAUAGUCACCAAGAUGGCCAUCAACCUGACGCCGCAACCGCAGGCCUAUAUGGCAUGCUCCUUUGACGUGCCCGAGUUUGACCAUGUCGAGGCGAUCGUAGAUGUUUUUGGAGAACUACGUCGUAACGGCACUAUACCACAUGUGGUUUACGUAUUCUAUAUCGCGGAGUGGGCUACGAUAUUCGGGAAACACUCCGAAUGGUGGCAAGGCGAAGGCCCAAUCCCUGACUGGAGACUGAAGGAGAUGCAAAAUGAUCUCGACGUUGGCAUAUGGACGGUGAAAUUUGGGCUCUACGGACCGACGCAGGUUGUCAAGGCUCAGUAUGAUGAAGUGCAGAGGGUGGUGGCAAAGCGCGCCCCUUUUGGGCGGCUUCGGCAGACCCUGUUCACAGGCAAAGACGGCGGCCUCCUCGAAGCAACGGCGGUCUCUCCGUUGCACGGCGGUAUCAGAGUGGGAAUCCCGAGCAUGUGGAAUAUACCCAUGGUGAACUAUUAUAACCGCCGCGAUGAUUCGGUCGGAGCGCACGGGGCGUACUCGCCCAUCGUGCCCUUAGAUGGCAAAACCGUGCUGGAAUGGGCGAUAGCGGCCAAGGCCAUUUGCGCGUCUCAAGGACUUGAUCUCCUGUGUGACUUCUUUAUGCAUGAACGCUAUGCUAUCUUCGUCGCCAUGCUCUGCUUCGAUAAAACGAGCCCAGAGCAGCGGGCCAGCGUCGAUAAAGUCUUUCGCAAGCUGUUCGAGGAAGGGAGCCGAAGGGGCUUUGCCAAGUACAGAGCACACAUCAACCACAUGGAUAUGAAUGCAGAGCUAUUCGAUUUUAAUAACCAUGCGUACCGUCGCCUGGUCGAGACGUUAAAAGAAUCACUGGAUCCUAACGGUAUCUUGUCACCCGGAAAGAUGGGUGUCUGGCCAGAGAGGCUGAAGCGGUUGAGGGAGAAUAAGUAAACAUGGCCAUACGUCGACAUGACAUGUUGAUGUUCCUCUGGCGACUAUGAAAACACGGAAUUCGCUACCAAUGUGGUGGGCAGGGGUAUA